AGCGACAAAAACUGGGGGGUAUGGCGGGGCAAUAGGGCGUAGAGGAUACAACUACGCAGAUGGAGCUAAUGAAAGGCUCGGAGUGUCGGGCAAGAGGGGCGAGGGGACAAAUGGAAAGUGUCGAAAUGGAGGGGGCAACGGAGGGGGCAGCUGGGCAAAAAGGUGCUGAGGCAAUGGAGGGGGCAGUUGGGCAAAAAGGGGUUGAGGUGGAACUGAAGGAAAACCAGAUGAUGGAAAUUGACCCCUUCCUGCCCGCAUUCGACCCUGAACCGAUGGAUGUUGACCCCCUCGCGGAAAAUGCUUCCGUUGUGCCGGAAGGUCUGCCAGGAGAGGAGGGAGAGGAGGAAGGGACCCCGCCUCCGCGCCUGCCAGUCGAGAAGAAAUUAGUUGAUAUUGCAGACUGGCUAAUGACCAAUCUAAAGGCAAAAUAUGGCCCUCUCACGGAUGAUUUUUGGGACAGAACAUACCUGGAUCUGUUUCCUAUGUUGGAUACUAGUGCCUCGCUUAAGCACGUCCUGGAAAAUGGUCUGCAACCCGGGGUUAGGUGGACGGAGGCGUGGCACAGAGUGGCCGCUAUUGUGUUUGCACGAUUCCAGCCCCCCCCCUCACCACGUCCGGUUGCUGCAGAGGAGGCGGGACAUGACGGUGCGGAGCGGUCUACGCCGGUACUUCAGCCGCCGGUCCCGCCUCCGGACCCGGCUCCCCCGGACCCGGACGAGGAUACACCACUAGACCAGGAGCAACGAUUGACCCUGGAUCGGCCGCUGUCCAAGGAAGAAAUAUGGGCAGCAAUGGAGCAGAUGGAGAAUGAGAAAACCCCGGGGGUGGACGGUCUCCCCAAAGAAUUCUGGGAAACCUUUUGGCCCCAGAUGGCCUCAGACCUCAUGGAUUACUACAACUCGGUGUGGGAGACCGGAAACAUGGGGGAGGUGGUGGGGAAGGGUGUCCUCACGCUGCUGCACAAAAAAGGGGAUAUGAUGGACAUUCGAAACUACCGGCCAAUAACGCUGCUCACGGUCGUUUAUAAGAUGCUCGCGAAAGCACUGGCUAACCGGUUGAUCCCGGUCCUGGAUCAGAUCAUCCAUCCGACUCAAACCGGUUUUGUCAAGAGUCGCAGGAUCCAGGAUAACAUCCUACUGGUGAAUGAACUGCUUAAGUUAACCAGGCAAGACAAACAAAACCUGGCCGUGGUCUUCAUAGACUUCGAGAAAGCCUACGACCAUGUGGACUGGCUUUUUCUCGACCGGUGCAUGGAAAAAAUGAACAUAGGCCCAGUCUUUCGCCGCUGGACUGAAAUCUUGCAUCACAACGCGACCACGUGUGUCCAAAUUAAUGGCAGCCUCGCACCGGCAUUCCCUCUGCAGCGGUCUGUCCGCCAAGGAGACCCCCUGGCCCCAUUCCUGUUCAUAAUAGUGAUGGAGGCCCUGGCGGCGAAUCUCCGGGCCAACAAAAAUCUGAGGAAGCUGCAGAUCUCGGCCAUUCCGGAAGAGGCUAUCCCUGUCUGCUCGAUGUUCGCGGAUGACCUGACACUCAUGGUCGAUGCCACCGCUGAGAACAUGGAGGAGAUUAGACGUUUGUUUGACAAGUUCACAGCGGUCUGCACUGCUCGUCUCCUGCUGCAAGUUGUUAUCUACAUGAGGAAGUGGAGAAAACUGGCAUGAGAAAGUGGAGAAGACUGCGCCGAUCAUUUACAAAAAGUAAUCAUCUCUACGGUGGGUGGGGUCGCCGAGGUGUAUGCAAAAAAGACCAAGUUCCUCGGAAGAUGCUCUCAACCACCGAAUAGCUCGAGACUCGAGAGUCUUUUCCGCGAGCAAUUCGAUCUUCUGGUGAAGUUGGAAUUGAAGACCGGUUCUCCUGGGUUUUCAAGGGCGCACGAAACUGAGUGGAUAAUCAGGCUUCUUUGUUUUUCGAGCGCCUCUCAUGGCAUGACAUGACCCUGUGUCAGGUCAGGAACUUAGUCCCAUUAUUUCACAGUCCCAUUCCAGACAGGUACCAAUAUUGCGGGGACAUAUUCCGGGUGCAGGUUGAAUGCCCUCAGAACCACACGUGACAGUUUCCGUCAUGCAGCUCGCCCCGCAAAACCUCAGCCUCGUUUGCAGAUCCGACCGUUUGUUUUUCUUUCAAUGUGUUACUGAUUGAUCAGCACAUGUUCUUUUUUUUUUUUUUUUUUUUUUUUUUUAGAUGAGCACAUGUUCCAUGCCAUCGGGAGGACAAGAAGAAAGAUAUGAUGUUAACUCGCAUUAUUCUCGCGGGCAUAUGUAUGGAUUCUAUGGAAUAACACUGUUAUUAUAGAGUGAUGAUAUUGGCAUUCUUAAUUUUUUGGAGAGAGCGACACUGCCAAAUGAAUUGCUCCUUUGCAC